GUUAGAGCACGAAGAAGUUAGGUUAGGAUUAGACAGGAAAUGGAAACUAAUCGCAGGACUUAAUCACGAUGGAGCAAGAAAAAUUGUUCUUUAUUUACAUAAUAGAAGGAGUUCUAUCCUAUAUUCGUAUUCUAAUAAGUAGCAAUUAUCAAAAUGUACUGGGCCUUAGGAAUGAUCACAAAAACUGAAAUGCAAUGAGUGCAUCAGAGACGCUGUAAAACUUAUUACUACUUACAUAAUUUAAAAUUAAAGCUUACAUAAAUGUACAAACAACUUUGGAAAAUACAUUUUUUACAUCCCCAUUAACAUUUUUUUAUGUAGCACCUCUUCCUCAAACCUUUCAUAUUCACUCCCUAUCAUUCCCAAAUCAACAUUAGCAUCAACAACGAAAACAGGCGCUGGACACUCAUACAACGUUUUAUGGAGCAACCAAUCUUCAUGAAUUUCAUGCAAACUCCUAAUGUACUCAAAAGGUACUCUUCUUUCUUCAGCCCUAUCCCUUUUGACAAUUCUAUCGUACACAACCUCUGGAUCCGUCCUCAAAUACACAAACAUAUCAACACCCACAUCUUGUUCCUUUCUGAUCCAUUUAAACCAUUCAUCAAUAACUGAAAAUUCGGGUGCUGACAGUAACUCAUCUCUCCUCAGUUUCUCAACAAAACAAUAUCGGGCGCUAUAAAUCGACCUCUCCAGCAUUUUAAAAGGUGUGGGAGUUUUCAUAGUGUGUGCCUGGAGAAGAGUCAACUGCACAUACGACUGGAAAGUGAAGCUGUUUCUUUUCGGGUCCUUAUACAUGAGGUCUAGUAAAUUGUGCCCUUGACAGUUCCGCCACUUAUCGAGCGGUUCAGCCACGAUGGUAAUGUUGCCCAAGUUUCCCAUGUGCUUUAGGAAUGUUGUCUUGCCACUUCCGAUGUUGCCCUCAACGGCAAUAGUGCAAGGACGUUCACUGAGGCUUCGUUUCAUUGCACUGCAUAAUCUCCUAACGAGCAUUCCGGUAAUCUAAUCCGAGAUAAUUUAUCCGCAAACUUGUGCAAUGUGUUGACAGCCACAUAACCCAACUUUGAAUUGUUUAUAUUUAGGGUUAGGUAACUGUCACCUGUCAAUCGCUCAUGCGCAUUUUUGGAGCAAACUUGAAAUGUGAAAAUUACGCAACGGGUUCGAAGUACUUGUUUAAAGUACUUUUUUUGUUUUUUUCAUUUGACUUUGUUUUAUUUACACAUUUUAAUCGUAGAUUUGUUAGUGCCUUGACAUUUGUAACGUCAGUAAAACGUCAAAUUUGACAAGUUAUAAGUCAUCAUGGCGACAAAACGUCGUCCCAUACAUACAAAGUUAAAUUUUCGCCCCAACAUAAGUGACAGCAACCUGGAGUGCCGCGGGACAAAGCCAACAUGUGAGCCAACUUCCGUGAGAGAGACUUUCACCUUAAUGGUCUUGUACUUAUGCAAAAAAUCACUUUUCUUCGACACUAACCUCAAAGUGGCCAUCUACCUCGGAACCCUAUUUUUAUUAUCACUGGUAGCAGAUGUGGCCACAAUUCCCAAACUGUACCUUUCACGUUCUGACAAUUUGUUUAAUAAAUAUUUCGUGAAAUUUGCCUGGGGCUGGAACCUUUUACUCCUAACCCCGUUUGUUGUGUUCACUUCGUACAUCUACUGUUGCGGACAAAAGAAACUCAUAAUCAAGCACCACCUGCUCCGAAUUUGCAUCGCCACGUUCUUCUGGUGGUUGUGGACAAGUCUGUUCAACGUGAUCGAGGCGUCGUUUGGACGCUGCGGCCAAAGACAGUUUAGCACCAAGGGCACGUGUUUGCAAGCGGGGCACGUCUGGAACGGCUUUGACAUCUCGGGACACACCUUCAUUCUCAUUUACGGCAGCCUCUUCCUCAUUGAAGAGACACGAUGUAUAGAAAACUGGGACAGCAUCAAGGAGCACCUCAGACUGGAGAACCACAACAGGACGUCCAGGGACCCCGCGGAAAACACAAACCCGUUACGGAAUUUAUCAGACGACGAAAUGCGGGAACUCCAAUUCAACUACACCAAGUACACGCCGUACAUUAGGGCGCUCCUUAUGGCAAUAACUCUGCUUCAGAUUUUGUGGGACGUGAUGCUUGUGUGCACGAUGUUGUACUACCAUAUCAUGAUUGAGAAGUUUCUCGGGGGAGUUUUGGCAAUUUUAACGUGGUUUUUCACCUACCGGAUGUGGUACGUUCACCCGAAGAUCAUCCCUAAUUUACCGGGACAAGGGGUUUUUAAAUACAUUAAGAAGAAGGGGGAGCCCCAGUCCGUGCCUAGGAGACGAACUGGGAGUAUAGUAAACGGGCGGGGGCCACUUUUCAUGGGGCGACCCAUUUAUCCACAACAGGAUGCUCAACAGGACGAAAAUUCAGGGUGAAUUGGGGCCUUAUUCAAGGGUUUGGUGUGCGGUUAUUGUUGUAAUUACGUAAUAUCGAUUUUUAUAUACGAAGUUUUCCACAAAAAUUUACAUUAAAUGAAACGCAUUGUUGGAUUGUUUUCGCAUUUGCUUGAUUUACAUAAGGCGGUUUUAAAAAGGGACAAUCUGCUGCUCAAGGCAACAGAACAUCCAAUAAUCUGUGAUCACAACAAUUUUUGUAUGUAUUUACAAAAAAGUAAUUGAUUUUUUUGUAUAAUUUGCAUUGUGUGUAUAAAUUGCCCGUCUUGGUCAUUUUAUCCUUAUUUUAACUCGUACAGUGUUCCUGUUUUCUCUCUUUUGUCACAAAGUACAAUUUUGUUGGGUUGUUUCUAAUUUAUUUUUGUUACUGAUUAAAUAACUUUAUGAACCGAUAA